UGGGCUGGGGGAGGAGCAAGGUCCAGAGUCAACUCUGCCCCAAGCCCUAGCUUGGCCAGAAGGUAGCAGACACAGACGGAUCUAACCCCUCUUGGAUCCUCCAGCCAUGAGGCUCCUCUGGGGGCUGAUCUGGGCAUCCAGCUUCUUCACCUUAUCUCUGCAGAAGCCCAGGUUGCUCUUGUUCUCUCCUUCUGUGGUUCAUCUGGGGGUCCCCCUGUCAGUGGGGGUGCAGCUCCAGGAUGUACCCCGAGGACAGGUAGUGAAAGGAUCAGUGUUCCUGAGAAACCCAUCUCAUAAUAACGUCCCCUGCUCCCCAAAGGUGGACUUCACCCUUAGCUCAGAAAGAGACUUCGCACUCCUCAGUCUCCAGGUGCCCUUGAAAGAUGCGAAGAGCUGUGGCCUCCAUCAACUCCUCAGAGGCCCUGAGGUCCAGCUGGUGGCCCAGUCGCCAUGGCUGAAGGACUCUCUGUCCAGAAAGACAAACAUCCAGGGUAUCAACCUGCUCUUCUCCUCUCGCCGGGGGCACCUCUUUUUGCAGACGGACCAGCCCAUUUACAACCCUGGCCAGCGGGUUCGGUACCGGAUCUUUGCUCUGGAUCAAAAGAUGCGCCCGAGCACUGACGCCAUCACAGUCACGGUGGAGAACUCUCACGGCCUUCGCGUGCGGAAGAAGGAGGUGUACAUGCCCUCGUCCAUCUUCCAGGAUGACUUCGUGAUCCCAGACAUCUCAGAGCCAGGGACCUGGAAGAUCUCAGCCCGAUUCUCAGAUGGCCUGGAAUCCAACAGCAGCACCCAGUUUGAGGUGAAGAAAUAUGUCCUUCCCAACUUUGAGGUGAAGAUCACCCCUGGAAAGCCCUACAUCCUGACGGUGCCAGGCCAUCUUGAUGAAAUGCAGUUAGAUAUCCAGGCCAGGUACAUCUAUGGGAAGCCAGUGCAGGGGGUGGCAUAUGUGCGCUUUGGACUCCUAGAUGAGGAUGGUAAGAAGACUUUCUUUCGGGGGCUGGAGAGUCAGACCAAGCUGGUGAAUGGACAGAGCCACAUCUCCCUCUCAAAGGCGGAGUUCCAGGAUGCCCUGGAGAAGCUGAAUAUGAGCAUUACUGACCUCCAGGGGCUGCGCCUCUACGUUGCUGCAGCCAUCAUUGAGUCUCCAGGUGGGGAGAUGGAGGAGGCAGAGCUCACAUCCUGGUAUUUUGUGUCAUCUCCCUUCUCCUUGGAUCUUAGCAAGACCAAGCGACACCUUGUGCCUGGAGCCCCCUUCCUGCUGCAGGCCUUGGUCCAUGAGAUGUCAGGCUCCCCAGCUUCUGGCAUUCCCGUCACAGUUUCUGCCACGGUGUCUUCUCCUGGGUCUGUUCCUGAAGUCCGGGACAUUCAACAAAACACAGAUGAGAGCGGCCAAGUCAGCAUUUCCAUCAUUAUCCCUCAGACCAUCUCAGAACUGCAGCUCUCGGUAUCUGCAGGCUCCCCCCAUCCAGCAAUAGCCAGGCUCACUGUGGCAGCCCCACCUUCAGGAGGCCCCGGGUUUCUGUCUAUUGAGCGGCCGGAUUCUCGACCUCCUCGUGUUGGGGACACUCUGAACCUGAACUUGCGAGCCGUGGGCAGUGGGGCCACCUUUUCUCAUUACUACUACAUGAUCCUAUCCCGAGGGCAGAUCAUGUUCAUGAAUCGAGAGCCCAAGAGGACCCUGACCUCGGUCUCGGUGUUUGUGGACCAUCACCUGGCACCCUCCUUCUACUUUGUGGCCUUCUACUACCAUGGAGACCACCCAGUGGCCAACUCCCUGCGAGUGGAUGUCCAGGCUGGGGCCUGCGAGGGCAAGCUGGAGCUCAGCGUGGACGGUGCCAAGCAGUACCGGAACGGGGAGUCCGUGAAGCUCCACUUAGAAACCGACUCCCUAGCCCUGGUGGCGCUGGGAGCCUUGGACACAGCUCUGUAUGCUGCAGGCAGCAAGUCCCACAAGCCCCUCAACAUGGGCAAGGUCUUUGAAGUUAUGAACAGCUAUGACCUCGGCUGUGGUCCUGGGGGUGGGGACAGUGCCCUCCAGGUGUUCCAGGCAGCGGGCCUGGCCUUUUCUGAUGGAGACCAAUGGACCUUAUCCAGAAAGAGACUAAGCUGUGCCAAGGAGAAGACAACCCGGAAAAAGAGAAACGUGAACUUCCAAAAGGCGAUUAAUGAGAAAUUGGGUCAGUAUGCUUCCCCAAUAGCCAAGCGCUGCUGCCAGGAUGGGGUGACACGUCUGCCCAUGAGGCGUUCCUGCGAGCAGCGGGCAGCUCGCGUGCAGCAGCCAGACUGCCGGGAGCCCUUUCUGUCCUGCUGCCAAUUUGCUGAGGGUCUGCGCAAGAAGAGCAGGGACAGGGGCCAGGCGGGCCUCCAACGAGCCCUGGAGAUCCUGCAGGAGGAGGACCUGAUUGAUGAGGAUGACAUUCCCGUGCGUAGCUUCUUCCCGGAGAACUGGCUCUGGAGAGUGGAAACAGUGGACCGUUUUCAAAUAUUGACACUGUGGCUCCCCGACUCUCUGACCACGUGGGAGAUCCAUGGCCUGAGCCUGUCCAAAACCAAAGGCCUAUGUGUGGCCACCCCAGUCCAGCUCCGGGUGUUCCGCGAGUUCCACCUGCACCUCCGCCUGCCCAUGUCUGUCCGCCGCUUUGAGCAGCUGGAGCUGCGGCCUGUCCUCUAUAACUACUUGGAUAAAAACCUGACUGUGAGCGUCCACGUGUCCCCAGUGGAGGGGCUGUGCCUGGCUGGGGGUGGAGGGCUGGCCCAGCAGGUGCUGGUGCCUGCGGGCUCUGCCCGGCCUGUUGCCUUCUCUGUGGUGCCCACGGCAGCUGCCGCUGUGUCCCUGAAGGUGGUGGCUCGAGGGUCCUUCGAAUUCCCUGUGGGAGAUGCAGUGUCCAAGGUUCUGCAGAUUGAGAAGGAAGGGGCCAUCCAUACAGAGGAGCUGGUCUAUGAACUCAACCCCCUGGACCACCGAGGCCGGACCUUGGAAAUUCCUGGCAACUCUGAUCCCAAUAUGAUCCCUGAUGGGGACUUCAACAGCUACGUCAGGGUUACAGCCUCAGAUCCAUUGGACACUUUAGGCUCUGAGGGGGCCUUGUCACCAGGAGGCGUGGCCUCCCUCUUGAGACUUCCUCAAGGCUGUGGGGAGCAAACCAUGGUCUACUUGGCUCCGACACUGGCUGCUUCCCGCUACCUGGACAAGACAGAGCAGUGGAGCACACUGCCUCCCGAGACCAAGGACCACGCUGUGGAUCUGAUCCAGAAAGGCUACAUGCGGAUCCAGCAGUUUCGGAAGGCGGAUGGUUCCUAUGCGGCUUGGUUGUCACGGGCCAGCAGCACCUGGCUCACAGCCUUUGUGUUGAAGGUCCUGAGUUUGGCCCAGGAGCAGGUAGGAGGCUCGCCUGAGAAACUGCAGGAGACAUCUAACUGGCUUCUGUCCCAGCAGCAGGCUGAUGGCUCGUUCCAGGACCUCUCUCCAGUGAUACACAGGGGCAUGCAGGGGGGUUUGGUGGGCAAUGAUGAGACUGUGGCACUCACAGCCUUUGUGACCAUCGCCCUUCAUCAUGGGCUGGCCGUCUUCCAGGAUGAGGGUGCAGAGCAAUUGAAGCAGAGAGUGGAAGCCUCCAUCUCAAAGGCAAACUCAUUUUUGGGGGAGAAAGCAAGUGCUGGGCUCCUGGGUGCCCACGCAGCCGCCAUCACGGCCUAUGCCCUGACACUGACCAAGGCUCCUGCAGACCUGCGGGGUAUUGCCCACAACAACCUCAUGGCAAUGGCCCAGGAGACUGGAGAUAACCUGUACUGGGGCUCAGUCACUGGUUCUCAGAGCAAUGCCGUGUCGCCCACCCCAGCUCCUCGCAACCCAUCCGACCCCAUGCCCCAGGCCCCAGCCCUGUGGAUUGAAACCACAGCCUACGCCCUGCUGCACCUCCUCCUUCACGAGGGCAAAGCAGAGAUGGCAGACCAGGCUGCGGCCUGGCUCACCCAUCAGGGCAGCUUCCAAGGGGGAUUCCGCAGUACCCAAGACACGGUGAUUGCCCUGGAUGCCCUGUCUGCCUACUGGAUUGCCUCCCACACCACUGAGGCGAGGGGACUCAAUGUGACUCUCAGCUCCACAGGCCGGAAUGGGUUCAAGUCCCAUGCGCUGCAGCUGAACAACCGCCAGAUCCGUGGCCUGGAGGAGGAGCUGCAGUUUUCCUUGGGCAGCAAGAUCAAUGUGAAGGUGGGAGGAAACAGCAAAGGAACCCUGAAGGUCCUUCGUAUCUACAAUGUCCUGGACAUGAAGAACACGACCUGCCAGGACCUGCAGAUAGAAGUGACAGUCAAAGGCCAUGUCGAGUACACGAUGGAAGCAAACGAGGACUAUGAGGACUAUGAGUACGAUGAGCUUCCAGCCAAGGACGACCCAGAUGCCCCUCUGCAGCCCGUGACACCCCUGCAGCUGUUUGAGGGUCGGAGGAACCGCCGCAGGAGGGAGGCGCCCAAGGUGGUGGAGGAGCAGGAGUCCAGGGUGCACUACACCGUGUGCAUCUGGCGGAACGGCAAGGUGGAGCUGUCUGGCAUGGCCAUUGCGGACAUCACCCUCCUGAGUGGAUUCCACGCCCUGCGUGCUGACCUGGAGAAGCUGACUUCCCUCUCUGACCGUUAUGUGAGUCACUUUGAGACCGAGGGGCCCCACGUCCUGCUGUAUUUUGACUCGGUCCCCACCUCCCGGGAGUGCGUGGGCUUUGAGGCUGUGCAGGAAGUGCCGGUGGGGCUGGUGCAGCCGGCCAGUGCAACCCUGUAUGACUACUACAACCCUGAGCGCAGAUGUUCUGUGUUUUACGGGGCACCAAGUAAGAGCAGACUCCUGGCCACCUUGUGUUCUGCUGAAGUCUGCCAGUGUGCUGAGGGGAAGUGCCCUCGCCAGCGUCGCGCCCUGGAGCGGGGUCUGCAGGAUGAGGAUGGCUACAGGAUGAAGUUUGCCUGCUACUACCCCCGUGUGGAGUACGGCUUCCAGGUUAAGGUUCUCCGAGAAGACAGCAGAGCUGCUUUCCGCCUCUUUGAGACCAAGAUCACCCAAGUCCUGCACUUCACCAAGGAUGUCAAGGCCACUGCUAAUCAGAUGCGCAACUUCCUGGUUCGAGCCUCUUGCCGCCUUCGCUUGGAACCUGGGAAAGAAUAUUUGAUCAUGGGUCUGGAUGGGGCCACCUAUGACCUCGAAGGACACCCCCAGUACCUGCUGGACUCGAAUAGCUGGAUCGAGGAGAUGCCCUCUGAACGCCUGUGCCGGAGCACCCGCCAGCGGGCAGCCUGCACCCAGCUCAACGACUUCCUCCAGGAGUAUGGCACUCAGGGGUGCCAGGUGUGAGGGCUGCCCUCCCACCUCCCCCGGGAGGAACCUGAGCCUGGGAACCAUGAAGCUGGAAGCACCGCUGUGUCCGCUUUCCUGAACACAGCCUGCACCAGGGCAUAUUAAAGGCUUUUGGCAGCAAA